GGGAAGGGCAGGCGUAAGGGUCACGGACCUCGUCUCCAAAGCGGAAGAAAAGGUGACCCAACCCGGAACCAGUGAGAGUCCGGUGGCGAAAGUACAAACAAGGCACCUUUUGGAGGGGCUGGCUGGGCUCGAACCUGGUAUUUUCCGGUUUGUUUAUAUGAUGGAUUACAUGACAAAGAUUUUCAUAUGUUGAACCAUUGCUGCAUCUCUGGAAUGAAGCCUACUUGAUCAUGCUAGGAAAUGGCAGCAGCCAGGGCCAGCCUGGGCCGGAUCCUCCCAGAGUCCUCCGUUCUGUUCCUAUGUGACAUGCAGGAGAAGUUCCGCCCCAGCGUAGCCUACUUCCCACAGAUUGUGUCGGUGGCGGCUCGAAUGCUUAAGGUGGCCCGGCUAAUGGACGUCCCUGUCCUGCUGACAGAGCAGUACCCACAGGGCCUGGGCCCCACAGUUCCCGAGCUGGGCGCUCAGGGCAUUCGGCCAGUAAGUAAGACGUGCUUCAGCAUGGUACCCGCCUUACAGCAGGAGCUGGAUGGCUGGCCCCAGCUGAGGUCUGUGCUGCUCUGUGGCAUUGAGACCCACGCCUGCGUCUUGAACACGGCCCUGGACCUUCUAGACAGAGGACUGCAUGUCCAUGCGGUGGUGGAUGCCUGCUCUUCUAGAAGCCAGGUGGACCGGCUGGCGGCCUUGGCACGCAUGAAACAGAGUGGCGCUUUCCUCUCCACCAGCGAAUCACUCAUUUUGCAGCUUGUGAGGGAUGCUGCCCACCCCCAGUUCAAGGAGAUCCAGAAGAUCAUUAAGGAGCCAGUCCCAGACAGUGGGCUGCUGGGUCUCUUCCAAGGCCAGAGCCCCCUCUCACUGAACUCCGGGCCCUGACUGAGGUGGGAAUGUUAUUCCAGCAUUGCUGGGAGGAAGUAUUUUUCCUCACCUCUGAAUCCCAAGAGGUCCCACCCUGUGGGAGAGGAGGGGUGUUCUGCUUCCUGGUUGAACAGCUGGUCCUGGAAAUGAAAAUGAGACUUCUGGGUGCUGGAAAGGGGGGGCAGGGGUUUGACAGAGGAGACAUGGAGGGGGCUCUGCUCAGGUCUACCUCAUGAGCAAAGGGCAAAAAAGUGUGACAGACCGGGAUCCAGACUCCAAAUAAACAUUGAUGUGGCUGUGGA